AUGGCACAAUUAGAUGCUUGGCCUUGGAGUAUGGCUGUGCUUAAACAACGUUGUGUUGUUGUUGGUUGUGUAGAUGGUUCUUUAGCUUGUUAUCAGUUAAUGUUGAAUACUAUACAUGCUUUACAUAAAGAUCGUUAUGCAUUUCGAGAAAAUCAAACAGAUGUUGUCAUACAACAAUUACAAAAACAAAAAAGUACAAGAAUUCGUUGUAACGAUCUUGUCAGAAAAGUAGCUAUUUAUAAUAAUAGAUUGGCAAUUCAAUUAAGUGAUCGAGUUUUAAUUUAUCGUCAAUUAACUGGGGACAAAGAAGGAGAAAGUUUAGAAUAUAAAUUGAUGGAUAAAAUUAAUCAAAAUUUUGAAUGUUCUCUUUUGGUUAUAACUAGCCAACAUUUAAUUUUAUGUCAUGAUAGAAGAUUGACUUGUUAUGAUUUAAAAGGUAUUAAGCAAAGAGAGUGGAUUAUGGAGUCUUUAAUUAGAUAUAUAAAAGUAGUUGGAGGCCCUAUAGGAAGAGAAACUAUUCUUGUGGGGAUGCGCUUUGGAUUAGUUUGCAAAAUAUUUGUGGAUAAUCCAUUUCCUGUUGAAGUUGUUCGUCUUAAAUCUAUGAUACGUUGUGUGGAUAUUAGCCUAAGUAAAAGAAAAUUAGCUACUGUUGAUGAAGAAGGGAUUUGUGUUAUUUAUGAUACAGAAAAGAAAGAAAUAAUUAAUCAAGAGCCAAAUAUGGCCAGUGUUGCUUUUAAUUCUGCAAAUGAGGAUUUGGUUUGUUAUUCUGGUCAAGGGGUUUUAAAUAUUAAAUCUCAUUGGUUUACUCCAUAUCAACAAAGAUUAGAACCUUCCCAACAAGGUUUUGUUGUUGGUUUUAUGGGUAAAUGUGUUUAUAUUCUCCAUAUGUAUUCGAUGAUGCUUGGAUCAGAGGCUUUAGAAAAUAUGGAAUUUGAUGUUGCCAGAAAAUCUUUUUUUAGAAUUCGUGAUUGUAGAUCUUUACUUUUAGUUAAUGAAUUAAUUGAAAUGAAAAAUAGAGGUUCUUCAAUAAAUGAAUUAAAAGCCCAUUUAUAUGCCCAUAAUAAAAGAUUUCGAGAUUGUGUACAAUUAUUACAACAAAUGGGGGCAGAAAAUGUUGCUCUCGAAAUGUUUGCUGAUUUGAGAAUGUUUGAACAAGCACAAUUAGCAUCAGUUCCAGAAUUAUUAAUGUCUUCGGGUGAUUAUGAUAGAGCAAUCCGUUUAAUGAUGGCAAAUAAUUGGGUUGAAAAAGUAGCAAAUGCUGCAAGAAAGCUCGACAAAUCAGAUGCAAAUCUUCUUAGAGAAAUUGGCCAAUUUAUGGCAAAAAAUGGAGAAUAUAUUCAAGCAACUUCUAUAUUCCAAAGAAUUAACGAUUUACGUUCAAUUAUACAAAUGCAUGCAUUAGCAUUAAUUAAUAGAAAUUCUUCUCUAAGUAAUGAUGUUUAUUUACCCUAUGCACGUUGGUUAGCUGAACGUGAUCGUUUUGAUGAAGCACAAAUUGCUUAUAACAAAGCUGGACAUGAAAAAGAAGCUUCUCUUGUAUUAGAACAAUUGACUAAAAAUGCUGUUAAAGAAAAUCGUUUUAAAGCUGCUUCAUUUUAUUAUCGAAGAAUGGCUGAACAAUUAAUAGAAAAAGACAGGGGAAUAAAUGGAAAUAAUAUUAAUGGCCAUUCAUUAUUAGAAAGUCUAGAAAAUUGUCUCAAUUUAGCAGAUAUUUAUUUUGCUUAUGAGCCUGUUUAUAAAUAUGUUGUAGAGCCAUUUACAGAAAAAUCCUUAGAUAUCCUUUUUCACGCAGCACGAUUCAUUUCCUUACAUAAACCAACAGAAUAUGUUUCUCGAGUUACUGUUUAUUAUACUUUAAUGAAAUUAAGUAGACAUUUUGGGUGUUAUAAAACAGCCAGACAAGCAUUAAAUCAUUUACAUAAAUUACGAUGUCCUCCCCAAUAUCAAUCACAAAUUGAUGUAGCUACUCUCGAAAUUAGAGCUAUGCCUUUUUCUGAUUCUGAAGAAUUUCAACCAAUUUGUGGAACAGCAAAUCCAAUUUUAGGUGGACAUGAAUGUGUACAUUGCAAUCAUUAUUUUAUUUAUUCUUUUAUUACUUUCGAAGUUCUGCCUUUAAUUCAAUUUCAAAUAGAUGAUGAUAUUUCUGAUAAAGAAGCGGUAAAUUUUUAUUAUUGA